UCUGAAAGAGUGCAAAUUUCCGAGGCCUUCAAUGAUAGAAGCAGAUUUUUUCUUGGUUGCAACCUCAGAUCAGCUGCAAGUGUUCUUCAACAGUCAAGUUCUCUGGAGGAUACGCAUGGUGAACACUGCGGCUCAGCCUCGUUGGAUGUGAUGAACUGCGGUCCCUGGAGCUCGGCACGAAGAUCAUAGUACUGAAUGGUGGAUGGUGUUUUGGCAAGGUCAUCCAGACUGACUGUUUCGGAAUUCUGAGCAGCACGAGUAAAAAGAGCCCUGGACCGAGUGAAUGCAGUGUGCGGGAACAGUACUGCUGGCUUCUUGCUGACCAGCCCAGCCGUGUGGGGGUCAAUAGGUCACAGCGACCAUGGAGUGGGUAGGCGGCCUGAGCGGGACCGAGACGGUCGAGGAAGUGGCCUUGGAGAAGCGAGUCCGAGUACAAGCUAAGACUGCGGAGGAGAUAUCAGCACUCUGCAUCGACCUGGCACUCUCACCAGUGGACAAGGCUCUCAAGUUACUAAAGGGAAUUUCGAUUCAAAGGCAGAGGGUGUAUGCUGACUUGGCAAAGUUGGCUAAGCAAUGUCCAACUGAGACAGUGGAGAAGAUCAUCCCAAGUAUUGAGCCGGACUUGCGCAAGAUGGACGUUCGGCAAGUUUCACUCGUUGCGGAGUCGCUGGUGACGAUAUGCAAGGAGAAGUCACUACCCGAAGCAAAGAUACAGUCAACGUGCCUGCGGAUAAUUCUAGAUAUGCACAAUACAUGGGAAGGACGAGGUGAGAGUAAUCUCUGGUUUCGUUGUCUCGUCGACUGCAUCCCACACCUACCAAAAGCAGCAAUGAUGAAUGAGAUUGUUGCUCUCAUCACCGAGUGCAGUCAACACUCACAGCCUGUUCAAAAACGCAUGGAGAGUGCAACGUUGAUCGGCAUAGUAGCUCCCAGAAUGACAUCAGAUUGGUUACAGCAGAAAGCACUGCCACUGGUCAGAGUCCUUGGACAGGAUCUUCAAGGAGAUGUACGUGCUACGAUGGCUGCGGCUUACGAUGCAGUCUGCAGACAAGUCCAGGUUGCAGUAGCAACAUCACAAUUACUUCCUGACCUGUUGGAGCUGUUGGCAGAUGAUGAAGAAGGGGUUAGCCUGGCUGCUUUCCAAUCUAUGGUACCUCUCCUGGAGUAUUUUGAGCCUGAUACUUGCAGGAAACGCAUAAUGAAACCGCUGAUGGCACUCUUCGCAAGCAGCAAGACAAAGGCAAAGUCACGGCCAUUGACACUAGCAACACUCUCUAAGCAGUUUGGACCAUUCAUUUACUAUGGCAAAGAAUACAUAGACAAGGAGGAGCUGGAGAGCUUACUGGCCAUCUACUCUUGGCUGGCCACACAGGAAUGCGACGGCUUUGAACGGAGGACAUCGCAAUCCAGCUCUGAUAUUUUACACUCGGAUGAUGAUGAAGCAAACACACUGGAUGAUAGGACACAGUGCAGAUUUAACUGUGCAUACAAUCUGCCAGCCAUUGCUGCAGUGUCUGGACAUAGUCUUUUUGCAAGCUGUUGUUUAUCAACUGUUAGAAGUCUUCAGUUGGACGAGUGUCCACAGGUUCGAAUAACCCUGGCAAAGGGACUUCACGAGGUUGUGCGCCUAUCAUCACCUGAGACCAAGCCGCUGCUACAAGUAGUGAUUGGAUUGCUGAAAGAUGACAAUGCAGAGGUUGUUCAGGCGGUACUGGAAACCUUCCCGGCCAUGCUCAAGGUGUUCAUGGUGGAUUCACCCACUGAUAAGACCAUUGUCUCGGAGGUGUUUGUGGCCCUGCAAAUGCUGAACAAGAUGUCUGCAACUGGCAGCGACUGGCGACUGCAUCGUGAUGUGAUCCUCUCAUGGGCAUGCCUGGCGCAGCGCUUCCCGGAGGAUAUUGUGUAUGGAAAACUAGCCCCGGCGCUCUUCUCCACAUUGAAGACUAAUCAUGUUCUACCGGUCAAGGUAGCAGCAGCAAGAGCAAUCGGCAGCUAUAUCAUCUACUCCCGACGUCCAUCACAGCGCACGGAACUGUGCAACAAGAUCCUGCAAAAUUGCGCAAGAGGUGAAUCUAGCUCGGAGCGCUCUCUAUUCCUCGACAUCUGUCGUGUCUUUUUGGAAAUCUUCUCGAGCACCCUGUUCAAGGAGUACUUCUUCGAUGCUGUGAUCAACAUGGGUCGGGAUCCUAUCUCAACAGUACGUGAGAAGGCAUGUAGACUGUUGCCUGAGCUCAAGUCACUGCUGUCUUUACCGACUGACCGGUCAAAAUGGCAGGUGAUGGAGACCCUGGUACAAGACAUGCUAGUGACAGAGGAAGUUGAUAGUGUUGCGGCUCAAGUUCGAGAGACACGGGCCGAACUUGAUCGUCGACCAAUCCGCGUUCAGUCGGCUCCAACAACAAGGCUGGACUCCAGUGAUAGGAAGAAGGAGGAAGAGGAGCAAUCGUUGAUGGCUGGGGAAGAUGAAACGGACGGGGGACGAAAGGGCUCAGCGGAUAUCAAAAAGCAAAAAUCAGGAAGCGGGAGAAAGGUAUCAGCAAGCAAAAUGUCGGCAGGCCCACCAUCACCCAAUACAGCUGGAAGUUCAAAUCGGAGAAUAUCUGCUCCUGUUGUAGCUUCAUCACCUGGCACAGCGUCGAAAUCAGGGAGGUCAACCAGCACUAGCUCUAUCGGCAAGGCAACGGCCGGCAGCUCUGCAAGUGGGAGCUCUUCCGCUGUCACUGGCAGCACCGGUGGUGGUUCACACGGCAAUGGCUCAGCAACAAAUCGCCAGGGCGGCCUGAAUCGAACCCUCUCCAGCAGUGGUGGUGCUAGCUUGCUGGCAGGAAGUGCUGGUAGUGUACGGGCGCCUAGCAGCCCUGUGGCCAGGCUCAAAGCUUCCUCUCUGAAGGAAUCUUCCAGUCGUCGUGGAAACAGCAUGUCGGCGUUAGAUGCUUGUGGUCGAGCGGAUGGCACUGCGAAAAGCUCUGAUAGCCCGGGAGCUGCACGACAAGUGAAGCUGCCAGCUAUCAAUGCCCAGUUGAAACAAAAUGCCCGUGCCCGUGCACUGCCAGCCAAGACGACAAGCAGCUCGGGUAUUACUGGAACAAGGAAACCAACAGCACCAUCUCUGGUCUUGCCACCACAUAUCAAGAACACACGUCACUCAUGACACUGAUUUGAACUGGGUGGAGGAGUUAAUGGAUUACUCUCCAGACAUGAAAUGGACAACUUGAGAAAUCAACAAGCAUUGAUGCGCAAUGUUAUCCUGCAAGCUUUAUACUAAAUUUUAGAAGCUGUUUCUUGAAGUAGAAUUGGUAGACACAACCCCAGGUUGUUUCGGCCCUGCAUAAACCACUUGCAAAAAUGUGUCCUGUAUAGCGAGGUUCACUCAAGUACAUAAAUGGUACAAAUACAUGUGACUGUGUUGAGCAUCGAAUCAAGCAUCGGAUGAAGAAUUCACUAUUAUUGUACAUAGAUUCAUUUCAUCCUACUACCGGUAAUACUACUACACUAAGCUGCAUUGCGAAUCCUCCAUUUGCUGCAAUUAACCCAUUUUACUGCCCAUCAAAUCUAUUAUAAAGCCACUAAAUCGACUCCCUACAGUGCUACUUACAUGAUGACGUGUUGAGUGAAACUACAGUUUUCGUCAAGUAGCAUAUCUGUGGCCCAGUACCACCCCUGCAGAGCCAUUUUCAUGUCUCAACCGAAUUGCCCAGGCUCUCGGCUGCAGGCAUUCAGUAUUGUGUAGCUAUCGUGACUUGUCAAAGAAUUACACAUAUUCACUUGCUUAGUUUUUGCUUCUGGAAAAGUAAUUUGAUCCUUUUUUUUGUGGCUGGAGUAUGUCCACGUAAUGUUUCAGCUCUUUCACUAAUCCUACAAUGAAAGGUUUUUUUGAUACUGAGCAAGGAGUAAUAAAGUUGUCCGCAACAGCAAAUUCUGUUGGGCAUUGCUGAA